GAAGCGGUUCAGUCGCUGUGCGGCGCGCUUUAAGGGUGUACAGACAGCAAAAGUGAAAUAAAAUUUGUGAAUACCGUGAAAGUUUUUUGGUUGUUAUUAUACAUUGAAAAGGAAAAAACAGGGUGAAGAUAUUUGAAGCAGAAUGAGAAGUAGAGUGAGCGUGGUGAAAUGGUCCAUCAAGAAUAUCUCAUCAAGAGCAAUAUCAACAACGCCUCCCUGCUAUCAAGCAUCAGAUGGAAUUGAAAUUGGUAACAAACUUCCAUCCCGCUCGUGUCCAGUCCACGGGCAGCGUUCAAGAUCCACUCAUGCUAUAGAUACAUCGUUAUUUGACACUGUCUCUCCGCCAGUGAAGUCUUGGGAAGAAGUGCCUGGCCCGAAGCCUCUACCGUUUCUCGGGAACACGUGGCGAUUCACACCGUAUAUUGGAGGCUACUCAGUGGAACACAUAGAUAAGACAUGCAUGUCUCUGCGCGCGCAGUACGGUAACUGCGUCAAGAUGGCCGGCCUGCUGGGCAGACCGGACAUGCUGUUUGUGUUCGAUGCUAGCGAGGUCGAGAGGGUGUUUAGAGGAGAGGAUUCCUCUCCACAUAGACCGUCUAUGCCGUCUCUGAAUUACUACAAACACACAUUGAGGAAAGAUUUCUUCGGCGCCGAAGAAGAUUGUGCCGGAGUUAUUGCUGUUCACGGUGACUCUUGGGCAGCCUUCAGAACCAAGGUGUCGCGCGUCGCAUUAAGCGCAGGCGCCGCGGCACAGUACACCGUGCCAGUUUCAGAAGUGGCAGAUGCUUUUGUACAGAGAGUCCGUGAAAUAAGAAAUGAAAAAUUCGAAACGCCCGACGACUUUUUGAAUGAAAUUCACAAAUGGUCAUUAGAAUCUCUAGGUCUGAUAGCUCUCGACACAAGGCUGGCUUGUUUUGAUGCAAACGAAGGCUCUGAGAGCCAGCGGCUGAUAGACGCUGUGAACACGUUCUUCUUAUGCGUUGGGGAGCUGGAACUGCGCGCGCCGUGGUGGAGGCUGUACCCCACGGCCAUGUUCAAACGAUAUGUAGCAGCGCUCGAUACUAUCCUCAGUGUAACUCUGAGCCACGUAGAGAAGGCACUGGAGGAGAUCAGGUCCCGCGGCAGCAGUAAGUCGCUGCUGCAGGAUCUGGUGACGGCGGCCGGGCCGAGGGUUGCGGCAGUGGCGGCUUUGGACAUGUUCCUUGUUGGAAUUGAUACGACCUCCAACGCCGUAGCAUCGAUUUUAUAUCAGUUGUCUUUGAGGCCUGAAGUCCAAGAAAGGAUUCAUGAGGAAGUUUCCAAAGUACUUCAAGGAAGACCCAUGAAGCCAGGCGACAUUAACCAAAUGCCGUAUUUGAAGGCAUGUGUUAAGGAAGUAUUCAGAAUGUAUCCAGUAGUUAUUGGAAACGGACGUCAGUUAACCAAAGACACAGUUAUCAGCGGCUAUAACAUACCUAAAGGAACUCAAGUGAUAUUCCAGCACUACGUGAUGGGCAACUGUGAGGAUAACUUCUCGGACGCGUCUCAGUUCAGGCCCGAGCGGUGGCUGCAGCGGUCCCCCACGCAGCGGCAUCAUCCCUUCGCCUCCCUACCUUUCGGGUUCGGGAAGAGAAUGUGUCUCGGAAGGAGAUUUGCUGAACUUGAGAUUCACACGAUUAUUUGUAAGAUGGUGCAAGCCUUCAAAAUGGAGUAUCAUCAUGAGUCCAUGGAUUACCACGUCCAUCCAAUGUAUACGCCGAAUGGACCAAUCAGAUUAAAGCUUAUUGAACGGUAGAUAUCUAUAGACAGGUGUUUUGUUGUAGUUAUUGUAAAUUUUUGGGCGAAAUAUAAUAUUUUUUUCCAAUGUACGGAUGAUUUAUGUAAUAUGUAUUG